AUGGCCGCCUGCACGGGAUGCCAGGCUUGCUGCCGCGCUGGGCUUAGGGAGCUGGCCGCGGCCGGCAGUUUCCGCCCGCUGCCCGGCAGCAUGAGGCGUUGGUUGGAGCCGGCCGCUCGGCUGGUGCAGCUGGCCCAGACCCGAGGCUUGCAGGGCGGCGCCGGGGCCUACAAGGCGGCGUCGGUGGACGUGGGGAGCAGAAAGUUGGAAAUUUCCUCAGGAAAACUGGCCAGAUUUGCUGAUGGGUGUGCUGUAGUGCAGUUAGGUGAUACAUCAGUGAUGGUCACAGCAGUCAGUAAAACAAAGCCUUCUCCAUCUCAGUUCAUGCCAUUGGUGGUUGACUAUCGCCAGAAAGCUGCUGCAGCAGGAAGGAUUCCCACAAACUAUCUUAGAAGAGAACUUGGUUCCACUGAUAAAGAAAUUCUUACAAGCAGAGUAAUAGAUCGAUCAAUUAGGCCGCUCUUCCCAGCAGGCUACUAUUAUGAUACACAGAUCCUUUGUAAUCUUUUAGCAGUAGAUGGUAUUAAUGAUCCCGAUGUCCUGGCAAUUAAUGGAGCAUCUGCAGCACUUGCGUUAUCGGAUAUCCCAUGGAAUGGUCCCAUUGGUGCAGUAAGGGUAGGAAUGGUUGAUGGAGAAGUUGUUAUUAACCCAACUCGAAAAGAAAUGUCUUCUAGUACCUUGAACUUAUUGGUCACUGGAGCUCCUCAUAGUCAAAUUGUCAUGUUGGAAGCAGCAGCCGAGAAUAUAUUGCAGCAAGAUUUCUGCCAUGCCAUCAAAGUGGGAGUGAAGCAUACCCAACAAAUAAUUCAGUGUAUACAACAACUGGUAAAAGAACAAGGUGCUGCCAAGAGAACUGUUCAGAAGUUAUUUAGUGCUCCAGCAGAGAUUGUUGAAUGUGCAAAGCAGCUUGCCUCUGAUAAGGUCUGUGCAGUAUUUGCAGAUUUUAGCCAUGACAAAAUUUCUAGAGAUGAAGCAGUUAACAAGAUAAGACUUGAAACAGAAGAACAGUUGAAAGAGAAAUUUCCAGAGGCUGAGUCUUAUGAAAUUAUGGAAUCCUUUAAUGUUGUUUCAAAGGACAUUUUUAGAAGCUUUAUUCUGAAUGAAUACAGAAGGUGUGAUGGCAGAGACUUGACUGCUCUCAGAAAUAUCAGUUGUGAAGUGGACGUGUUUAAAACACUUCAUGGAUCAGCAUUGUUUCAGAGAGGUCAAACACAGGUUCUCUGUACAGUUACAUUUGAUUCACUAGAAUCAAGUGUAAAAUCUGAUCUUAUCACAACAGCUGUGAGUGGAAUAAAAGAUAAAAACUUUAUGCUGCAUUAUGAGUUUCCUCCUUAUGCAACUAAUGAGAUUGGCAAAGUUACUGGUGUCAACAGAAGAGAACUUGGACAUGGUGCGCUUGCAGAGAAAGCUUUGAAGCCAGUUAUUCCCCAAGAUUUCCCUUUCACAAUAAGGGUUACUUCAGAAGUCUUGGAGUCAAAUGGAUCUUCUUCAAUGGCUUCAGUAUGUGGUGGAAGUUUGGCAUUAAUGGAUGCAGGAGUUCCAAUAUCAGCUGCUGUGGCAGGUGUUGCAGUAGGACUGGUUACCAGAUGUCAUCCUGAGAAAAAUGGAGAAAUUGAGGAUUAUCGUUUGCUGACAGACAUCCUAGGAAUUGAAGAUUACAAUGGUGAUAUGGACUUCAAAAUGUCUGGUACUAAUAAAGGAAUAACUGCUCUGCAGGCUGAUAUAAAACUACCAGGGAUACCACUAAAAAUUGUAAUGGACGCCGUCCAACAAGCCACAGUUGCAAAGAGAGAAAUCUUGCAAAUUAUGAACAAAACAAUUGCGAAACCCAGACCAAACAGAAAAGAAAAUGGACCAGUUGUAGAAACUGUUCAGGUACCCCUAUCAAAAAGAGUGAGGUUUGUUGGCCCAGGUGGCUAUAACUUAAAAAAACUUCAAGCUGAAACUGGGGUAACAGUGAGUCAGUUGGAUGAAGAGACAUUUUCUGUGUUUGCCCCAACGCCUAAUGCUAUGCAUGAAGCACGAGAGUUUAUUAACGAAAUCUGCAAAGAUGAUCAGGAGCAUCAGUUGGAAUUUGGAGCAGUUUAUACAGCCAUAAUAACUGAAAUUAGAGAUAUUGGAGUGAUGGUAAAACUGUAUCCGAAUAUGUCUCCAGUGCUACUUCAUAAUUCACAACUUGAUCAAAGAAAGAUUAAACAUCCUAGUGCCUUGGGAUUAGAUGUUGGCCAAGAAAUUCAGGUGAAAUACUUCGGACGUGAUCCAACUGAUGGCCGAAUGAGGCUUUCACGUAAAGUACUUCAGUCACCAGCCACAACUGUAGUUAAAACUCUAAGUGACAAAAACAGUAUUGUAAUGGGAGGUGCAAUUCCAGAGUCAUCUAGCUCAUCCUGUUGACUAGUAAGAUCAUAAGAACUGUUAUGGUCAUAUUAGUACUGAACUUUUUAACGACUGAACAAAUAUUGUACAGAUAACAGUUUAAUUUUGUAUAAAUACUGUUUGAUGCUGGUUGCUAUUGAACUUUUCAUCACUAUCUCAUAGGCUAUUUCAUUCUGUGUCACAAAAAGCUUAGUUUCAUUGUAGUAUUGUUACAAAUUAUGUAAAAUUGCCAAGGAAAAAUUGACAAUUCUAGACUUUGGGUCGGCUACCGUAUGUAAGCUAUCAGAAAAGAACUAUCUUUAUUUUUAAGAAGUCUUACUCAUAAUGCCAAAGAGCAGAUACAAACCCUGUUUAAAGAACUGUAAAGUUUGCUGCUUUCUUGGAAGUUCUGACCUGCACAGUGGAAUGCCUGAAGCUGUCACCCUUACACAAAAAUGUUUUCAUUGUGUCUCCCUAACAUGCAUUUGAUUGUAGUCUUAGUUUAAGAUUUUUCAAAAGAAUAUUACGUGCGUUUUUUCUUCAGAAGCCAAUGGGACAGUAGACAAACGUGACUGUUUAUAAAGUGGAGGCAAAAGCAUGCCAUGUCAUUGGCAAAUCAAAUUUUUUAGUAAUAAUCACUUAAGAUAUUGUCACUGGUUUAGAACAAUCUUAUUCUCUAGAUUGGUGGAGCUAUAUGCUGAUUUAGAGGAAUGCAAAAAUAAACUUAAUGCAUUUU